CCGCCCGCCCGCCCGCCCGCCCUCGCUCCGGGCGCCCCCCUGGCGGGCGCGGGCCGGGCAGCGAUGUCAUCGACGGGGAAGGACGGCGGCGGGGCGCAGUAUGUGGGGCCCUACCGGCUGGAGAAGACGCUGGGCAAGGGGCAGACGGGCCUCGUGAAGCUGGGCAUCCACUGCGUCACGUGCCAGAAGGUGGCCAUCAAGAUCGUCAACAGGGAGAAGCUCAGCGAGUCGGUGCUGAUGAAGGUGGAGCGGGAAAUCGCCAUCCUGAAGCUGAUCGAGCACCCGCACGUCCUGAAGCUGCACGACGUGUACGAGAACAAAAAAUAUUUGUACCUGGUGCUGGAGCACGUGUCGGGAGGGGAGCUGUUCGACUACCUGGUCAAGAAGGGGCGCCUCACCCCCAAGGAGGCCCGCAAGUUCUUCCGGCAGAUCAUUUCUGCCCUCGACUUCUGCCACAGUCACUCUAUCUGCCACAGGGACCUGAAGCCCGAGAACCUUCUGCUGGACGAGAAGAACAACAUCCGCAUUGCCGACUUUGGCAUGGCCUCGCUGCAGGUGGGGGACAGCCUGCUGGAGACCAGCUGCGGGUCGCCCCACUAUGCCUGCCCUGAAGUCAUCCGGGGGGAGAAGUACGAUGGCCGCAAGGCGGAUGUGUGGAGCUGUGGGGUCAUCCUCUUCGCCUUGCUGGUGGGGGCGCUGCCCUUCGAUGACGACAACCUGCGGCAACUGCUGGAGAAGGUCAAGCGGGGCGUGUUCCACAUGCCGCACUUCAUCCCGCCCGAUUGCCAGAGCCUGCUGCGUGGCAUGAUAGAGGUGGACGCCGCGCGGCGCCUCACGCUAGAGCACAUUCAGAAACACACAUGGUAUAUAGGGGGCAAGAAUGAGCCGGAGCCAGAGCAGCCCGCCCCGCGCAAGGUGCAGAUCCGCUCACUGCCCAGCCUGGAGGACAUUGACCCCGAUGUGCUGGACAGCAUGCACUCACUCGGCUGCUUCCGCGACCGUAACAAGCUGCUGCAGGACCUGCUGUCCGAGGAAGAGAAUCAGGAGAAGAUGAUCUACUUUCUCCUUCUGGACCGGAAGGAAAGGUAUCCCAGCCAUGAGGAUGAGGACCUGCCCCCCAGGAAUGAAACCGACCCACCCCGGAAGCGUGUGGACUCACCGAUGCUAAACCGUCAUGGCAAGCGGAGGCCUGAACGGAAGUCCAUGGAGGUGCUGAGUGUGACUGAUGGCGGCUCCCCGGUGCCUGCACGCCGUGCCAUUGAGAUGGCCCAGCACGGCCAGAGUAAGACAUUGUUCAGUAAAAGCCUGGAUAUCGCUGAAGCCCACCCCCAAUUCAGCAAAGACGACAGGUCCAGAUCCAUCAGUGGCGCCUCCUCAGGCCUCUCCACCAGCCCCCUGACCAGCCCUCGGGUGACCCCUCACCCCUCUCCGAGGGGCAGUCCCCUCCCCACCCCCAAGGGGACACCGGUACACACGCCCAAGGACAGCCCAGCGGGCACGCCCACUCCCACACCCCCGUCCAGCCCCAGCGUCGGGGGCGUGCCCUGGAGGACACGCCUCAACUCCAUCAAGAACAGCUUCCUGGGGUCCCCUCGUUUCCACCGCAGGAAACUGCAAGUGCCCACGCCAGAGGAGAUGUCCAACCUGACGCCGGAGUCAUCCCCCGAGCUGGCCAAAAAGUCAUGGUUCGGGAACUUCAUCAGCCUGGAGAAGGAGGAGCAGAUUUUCGUGGUCAUCAAAGACAAGCCGCUGAGCUCUAUCAAGGCGGACAUCGUCCACGCCUUCCUGUCGAUUCCCAGCCUGGGCCACAGCGUCAUCUCGCAGACCAGCUUCCGGGCCGAAUACAAGGCGAGCGGGGGCCCAGCCGUGUUCCAGAAGCCUGUCCGGUUCCAGGUGGACAUCACGUACACCGAGGGUGGCGAGGCGCAGAAGGAGAACGGCAUCUACUCGGUCACCUUCACGCUGCUCUCAGGCCCAAGCCGCCGCUUCAAGAGGGUCGUGGAGACUAUCCAGACGCAGCUGCUGAGUGCGCACGCCCCGCCUGCUGCCCCGCACAUGCCAGAACCCCCCCCGCCAGCGCCAGGACUAAGCUGGGGCGCUGGGCUUAAGGGCCAGAAGGUGGCCACCAGCUACGAGAGUAGCCUCUGACGCUGGCAGGAAUGGUCCCGAAAAGCUAACAUGCCACUCCGCGAGGCCGGACACCAGCUGACCGAAGGGAGGCAGCUGCCGGGGACCUCCGCUGCUGCAGCCCGUGGGCGGCGAGGCCGGCCUGCCCGCCUGCGUCCGGCUGCCAGUGGGCAGCUCGCCCAGUCUCUGCGCAUGGCCACAGGGAGCUCCCGGCUGGACGGGAUGCCUGUUCGCUCCAGGCAGCCCAGCGGACUCCAGAGCUUGCCGCCCGGGGCAGGGACGUGGCCGCGGACCACCGGAGGCCACCUCCACAGCGCCCGCACCCCUCGCCGCUGCACCCCAAGUCCGCCCCCGCCACCCCUGCUGGCAUCUUGGCGCCCACGCUGGGCUCCCGUGGAGACAGAACCGAGCUAAGAUCAGUGUUAUUUAUUUGCUCUUUUAACUUAUUGAGGGUCUUCACUUCUCUGUUCAGGGAAGGGCGCGCCACGCACUGUCCCUCUUCUGUCCGUCCGUCCGUCCAUCCGUCCGUCCCAGGCCGGGCAGGGUCUGGGGCCGAGGGCCGCCACCUGGACAGAGCCGCUGGGGGCCACGGGUGGGUGCAGCGCCGGGAAGCUACUGUAAACUUUAAAGAAUUCCUGCAAGAUAUUUUUAUAAACUUUUUUUUCUUGGUUGUUUUUGGAACGGGUGGGGGAGUGGCGAGGGAGGGCGACUUGUGUUUCCGUUUCUUGCUCUUGGUUCUUUCUACACACACAGAUAUAAAUAGAUCUCUAUAUUCAGAGCCCGCAGGGACAGCCCCUGUCCCGGCCCCUGUCCGGGCCUGGGGCCGCCAGCCCACCGCAGGGGCAGGAUGAAGGCCCAGGUGGCCCCAGCCACAUGCAGGCCACAAGCCCAUGGCAGCAUCGCGGGUUUUUUUUUUUAAUGAAAAUGAAAAAAGAAAAAAAAAAAACAAAACCAAAACAAAACAAAACCAACAAAAGGCAGAAAACAACAGCAGCAAGACCAGGACAGAGAGUGAUCCGCUGCCGCCGCCGGCCCACCGCAUGCCUCUCUGAGCCGGGCCAGGCUGGGCGCUGAUAGACCGUCACGCUUGGGUCCUGCGACCUCGGACACGCCACCCCAACCCGGACAGGACGGACAGACGGGCGGGCGCGGGCAGGGGCCCCACAGCAAUACCUCUCGUUAGCGCCCCACGUCCGCCCUCCGGACACUCGCUGCCCCUGUACCCUUCCCGUGACUGUGAGCAACCUCAGUUCCGGAACAAUAAACUCCUUCCGUGAA